GUUAUCACUUUUUACUUCACGUUGUGAUUUAUUCAUUUGCUUUCAUCGCUGAAUUCAGUCUUGUUUGCUCGACUUUGUGUCUGUCAUUAUUUGAGUGAAUGUGUAAAAUGACGAGAUAAUCAUAAUGAGACCAAAAGCUAACUCGUAAUAUCUUUGAUUAAUUACAGGAUGAGAAACCAGUCUUUACUGGUAAUAAUUGUUGCAGUAUGUGUGGCAACUGCAGCAACAGCACCACCCGACAAAGACAGUCAAAUCGAUGAUCACUUGAACGACAUCUCGGACGACAAGUUCAAGCCAGACCCAAAAGUCCCGAAAUCUUUGGAUUCACGCUUCAAUAAAAUGCUUCCGUUCCCCAAAAUUGAAGACAUCAAGUUGGAAGAAUCAAAAAAAGCUGAAAAAGUUCAAAAGAACCAGAAAAAUUCAACCACGGAAAAAGCUAUUAAAGAUGAAACCAGCACAAUUGAAUUCGAUGAGGAAUACACCGACGAUGAAGUUGAUGAAGAAGAAGAGGAAGAUCUCGGUGUUGACAUUAACAAAUCGAAUAAUGAGAUGAAGCAAUGUCCAAGGGAUUGCAUUUGCGAACGAAACAUGCAAGCAUACUUUGUUGCAACUUGCAGUCGUUUAGAUUUGGAAACUCAAUCAUUCGCCAACUUGCCAAUCACUGACUUACAAGUCAUCGACAUUGGACCUCAAUUCCCAAUUGUUUUGGGCGUUGAAUUCUUCAAAAAGAUUGGCUUGGCUAAUGUCACUUCGAUUAAAAUUGCCAACAGUUCAAUUGAAUAUAUUAGUCCAAGUGCUUUCAAUGGUUUGAAUGAACUUUACUCAGUCAAUCUUACAAGCAUUGGCAUUGAUUUAAUUCAUCCUGACACUUUCGCCAACAACACAAAACUCAAAAUUCUGAUUUUGUCUGGAAACAACUUGAAUGUGAUGCAAAGCUUAUCGUCACCUUACACAGAUUACAUGCUUAAAUCGCCAUCAAUCGAAGAGUUGGACAUUUCGAACUGCAACAUGCAAGAAUUCCUUCCAACAGCUUUCAGUCAAAUGAAGAACAUCAUCUACAUUAAUUUAGCUGGAAAUAAACUGACAACACUCCCACAAGGACUUUUCGACAGAACAGACACGAUCGAGGAACUUGACUUGUCUUACAACAUGAUCGCCACGUUGCCGAAAAACAUUUUCAACAGAACAUCGCUCGGUAUUUUGCACUUGAAAUAUAACGAGAUCGUUUCAAAUCUCGAGUUUGUUACGAAAGAUGUUCAAAAGUUGGACUUGAGCUCUAAUCGAAUUGUGAAUGUUAACAAUCAGAUGUUCAAAGGCAUUGAAAAUCUUAGCAAUUUAGUGUUGAAAGGAAAUUUGAUUAAGAGAAUUCAUCCGGGAGCAUUCUUGACACUCAAAAAUCUUCGUUACAUUGAUUUGUCUUACAACGACUUGGAUCAGAUCAAUAGCUUGACAUUCUUGAAGAAUUCCGAUUUGGAAGUGAUUAGAAUCAACAACAACAUGCGGUUGAAGACACUUCCUAAUGAAGGCUUUGAAACAGCACAAAAAUCUUUCCACGUCUUCAUGUUUGAUGCUUCAAAUUGUGAUUUAUCAACACUCAGUGACAACACUUUCAAGACAAUGCCAUUCAUUACCAGACUUUAUUUAUCUGGCAACAACAUUGAAAAAGUUCCAAAGGACUUGUUUAGUCCAUUAGUUCGUCUUAUGGAACUUGAUUUGAGCAACAACUUGUUCAGUAAUUUAGAUCCACAAAUCUUUUGGAACAAUCAAGACUUGCUUAAGCUCAAUCUCAAUGCCAAUCCAAUUGAAUCUUUGUCAACAAAGAUUUUCGCUCCCACGCCAUAUUUGGAAGAUUUGGAUAUCAGUGACUGUGACUUGAUCUCGUUGUGGCAUGAUUCGUCGAAACAAGCACGCGUUGGUGACUUCUUAAAGAACUUGAAAGUGUUUAAUGCAUCAAACAACGACAUUAAGAAUAUUUACGCGAGCGACUUGAGUACAAUGAAGAACCUCAAGGUUUUCGAUUUGAAGAACAAUCCAUUGGAAUGUAACGACGACUUCCGAAGUCUGAUGAAAUUCUUGGGAUUGAGAAAGGUGACUCUCGGAAAUCGCAAUGCUCAUAGUGAAUUCGAUGACCUUAAACCAACAUUCUUCGAAGAGAUGAGUCCCGCUGUCGAGUGGAAUGAAUUAGCACGAAAGAUUUGCAAGCGUGGUGACGACGAUGAUGAAACUGAAGAAGUUGUAAUUGAAGAAGCUGCAACAAAUUAUCGAUUCAUUUGGCCAAUGCUCAUUGCCAUGCUUAGUGUUGUCGUCAUUCUUCUCUUGAUCAUGAACAUCAUUGCCUUCUUCAUGCGCAAACGUGGUGAACGUUAUCGUGAAGCUUUAUUACAAUCGAAGAAUUCGAUAAUUUAUCAGAAACUCUCCGAGGAAAUCACGCCUCAAACUCCUAAAAUACAUCGAUAUGUUGUCUUACAAUCCGAAAAGCAAACACCACAAACUCCAAGAGCACAUAGAUACACACCAAUCCAACAAAUGAUUCAAAGGAAAAGGGCUUUGGAUUUGAUGUUAGCAUUGACAAGUGCAUCAUGUAAAUGUCCAUCACAUUCCUAUGGCCUUGAAGCUUCAUCAAGUAAAGAAACUGCUUUUGAAAUGUCGAGUUCAGCUAUAAGAUUUGGUCCAGGAGUGUCGAAGGAACUUGGAAUGGAUUUAAAGAACAUGAAUUUGAAGAAUGUUUGCUUAGUUGUUGAUAAGAACCUCGUCAAUUUCCCUUCCGUGAGAACUGCCUUCGAUUCGUUAUCAAAAGAGAAAAUCAAUUACGAAGUUUAUGAUAAAGUUCGAGUUGAACCGACAGAGGCAAGUUUUCGAGAAGUGAUUGAAUAUUCUCGAGCAAGAAGCUUUGAUGGCUACGUCGCUAUUGGCGGAGGCUCCACAAUUGACACUUGUAAAGUGGCAAAUUUAUAUGCCAACGAUCCUGAAGCUGAAUUCUUAGAUUACGUCAAUGCUCCGAUUGGCAAAGCAAAGGAACUGAAGGUGAAACUCAAACCUUUCAUUGCUCUUCCAUCGACGUCUGGAAGUGGCAGUGAAGCUACUGGAAUGGCCAUUUUUGACUAUAAAACAUUAAAGGUCAAAACUGGAAUCGCUUACAAAGCUUUGAAGCCAACAAUGGCAUUGGUCGAUCCACUGCACACCUUGACGAUGCCUGAAAAGGUCGCAACUUAUUCGGGCUUUGAUGUUUUUUGUCAUGCGUUGGAGAGUUUCACUGCCAUUCAAUACACUGAACGGCCAGCACCAGCAAAUCCAAAACUUCGUCCACCUUAUCAAGGCGCAAAUCCAAUUUCUGAUGUUUGGGCUCGUUAUGCUUUACAAACGAUUAAAAAUAAUUUCAAACGAGCUGUGAAAAAUCAAGACGAUUUGGAAGCACGUGGAAAGAUGCAUUUGACAUCAGUGAUUGCUGGCGUUGGAUUUGGUAACGCUGGAGUUCAUUUAUGUCACGGAUUGUCUUACGCGAUUUCUGGCCUCGUUCGAAAAUUUGUACCUGAUGGUUAUGGCGACGAUCAUCCAAUUAUUCCUCAUGGAUUGUCAGUUGUGUUGACUGCUCCAGCUGUUUUUGAAUUUCUUGGGUCAUCUUGCCCUGAACGACAUCUUGAAGCUGCUGAAAUUUUGGGAGCUGACAUUACAAAUGCAAAGAAAGCAGAUGCCGGAAUUAUUCUUGCUGAUGUUAUUCGAAGCUACAUGUCUGACUUAAACAUUGAGAAUGGAUUGGAAUCGUUGGAUUUCACAACUUCUGAUAUUGGCAAACUUGUGGACGGAACAUUACCACAAGAACGUGUCAAUAAAAUGGCACCAAGAGGACAAACAAAAGAAGAUUUAGCAAAACUCUUCGAAAAAUCCAUGAAAUCUUAUUAAACGGGAAAAAUAUUUCUUAUCUUUUUCAUUAUCAAUUUUUUUGUAAUGUUCUUAACAUCAAAUUUGACAUUGCGUCAUUUAAAAAUGUUUUUAGUUCAAACGGUUUGAACAAAUUAGGUUAUCGAUCAUAAAUUGAUUACUCUAAAUAUUUUUCUGGAUAUGCCGCAACAUAUUUCAUGUGAUUUAUGUCGAUUUCAUUUUAUGAUUCUUAAUAAAAAAAAUGAAAAGCUUUGAAAGCUUACUGAGA